CCACUAUUGAACUAGUCAGUUCACACAAAUAUCCUUUUUUAAAUCACAAUUUAGUAUGUAGAAUGAUUUUGGACAAAUAUAUCUACAUUCUGGGAAAUAUCAGAUGAAGAUAUACAAAAUAGCCUAUCUAUAACUUAUUUAGGUGCAAAAAAUCAUCAACAGGUAACAUCUGUCAACAAAUUAUUUACAUCAUAGACUAUAUUUAUAAAGAUAAGUACAUAAUUGGAGCUAAUAAAGAGGGACAGUUUUGACUUGGAUUAUAGUGGACACAGAUUCCGAUCCCCGUUGUAUAUGUGGAGGAUAGGCAGACUCAUAAGGAUCAAAAUGGAUAUAUUUUAUGUUCUUCUUUAUAUUACAGCAUUAUCUGCCAUCUACCAGGCUAAUGGUGCAGUGAUAUCUACAAGAGAGCCUGAAUCAAGGGACUAUGAUAUGGACACCAGAAUUCGAUUGACAUGCUCCAAGCCUUGUUUUCGUACUUAUGACCCUGUAUGUGGCAGUGAUGGAAUUACAUAUGGAAAUCUUUGUGAAUUCAGCAUUGAACAGUGUGUUGCAGCUUACAAGGGGAAGUACAUUUUUGUGACCCAUGUCAACCAGUGUGUGGAAUACACUACACCUAAGGAGCAGUCUACCCAAGGUGAGACAUCAGCAGCAACAUUGUGCCCUCCUGACUGUCCUAGCACCUAUAAGCCAGUAUGCGCAUCUGAUGGUAACACUUACAGAAACUUUUGCCACUUUAUCCGAGCACGAUGCAUCAUGCGAUUUAAGAAUGAGGACCUACGAUUGGUUCGUUUCCGAGCAUGUAAUCCUGCCUGCACAUUGAAAUGUUCUGAUGAGUACAUUCCUAAAUGCGCCUCUAAUGGUGUCACAUACAAGAAUCCUUGUGAGUUUAUCAAGGCAACCCGAUGUGAAGCUCGAAGCUCGGAGGAGACUGUGAUUAUUAGUCAUGAUGGGCCAUGUGUAGAUAGUGUACGAACAACACAAGUUGAGCCUACUGAAUCAGAAGAAGAUUGUGAUAGAUUCUGUAUCACUGUUUAUGAGCCAGUCUGUGGAUCUGAUGAAAAAACAUAUGGAAAUCUCUGUGAAUUUGCUGUUGGAGCUUGCAAGGCGAGAAGAGAUGGGUCCACCAUCUCAAUAGUGAAUAAUGGAGAAUGCGAUGAUGGUAAAGAGGUUGGCAUACUUGAACCAAUGGAUGGGGAUGAUAUGAGUGGAAACGGAGAAGGCAGUGGUGAUGAAAAAAACCAAGUAUGUCCAACUAUUUGUACUAGAGAAUUCAACCCUCUUUGUGCCUCAGAUGGAAAAACAUACAAUAACCCAUGUCUGCUGCGUAUAGCUGUCUGUGAGGCUACCAAAAAUGGCAUAACGGAUCUCAAGAAGGUCAAGGAUGGAGCAUGUGAUGCUGAGCCAAAGCCUAAUGAAUGCAACAAGGCUUGUACCUUUGACUAUAGGCCAGUUUGUGGGUCAGAUGGAAAAACAUAUGGUAACCAAUGUGCCUUUGAUAUCGCUCAAUGUAAUGCUGCAAACCUUGGUCAAACAUUGACAAAACUUGGUGAUGGUGAAUGCGUAUCUAUAGUAUCAACACAAGCCCCUGACAGGCCUGAUUGCAAUAAAACAGUUUGUUCUCAACAGUAUGAGCCUGUAUGUGGGUCUGAUGGAAGAACAUACUCCAAUCAAUGUACGCUGGAAGUCGCGCAGUGUGAAGCGAAAAGAGUUGGAUCAGAAUUGACUAAAAUAGGAGAUGGAGAAUGUGUCUCCAUUGCUUCUACUUCCACUGAUGCUCCAAAGGUUGUCACGACAACACUAGAUCCUGAGACAGAUUCAUGUGAGAGAGUUUGUGCGAGAAACUUUGAUCCUGUGUGUGCAUCUGAUGGAAAAACAUAUGGCAACACAUGCAUAUUUGCGAUUGGCGUCUGCCGAGCUCAGAGAGAAGGUCGUUCCCUGCGAAUCAACUAUAAGGGACAUUGCAGGGCCUAAUGACCAAGGAUAUAUGAUAAAAAGACACUUGUUAUUGAACAUUUGAGCAUCUUAGUUUAAAGGCCCCAUGCAAAUUCUUUUUUAUUGAAUACUUUUGUCAUGCCUACAAAUGUUUGAAAAGGUAUUUGACUUUUAAUUUCAAAUAUUUGAAGCACUUUUGCUAAGAGUUAAGAUUUACAUAUUGCCAAAUAUUCAUCAAUGCUUUGUAAAACAACAUUUGAAAGAUUAAGUGAAAGCUGUUUUAUUUUUAUAGCAUCGUAGUUAUGUCAAGUCACAAAGUAACACUUUAACAAAGGAUGUACACUAUUUUGAGAAAAAUUUUCAAAAAUUUAAAGAUGGCCCAAGUACUCUCUUAUAUAAUGAAAUGUUGAUUGACAAAAUGUGUUUAAGUAUACCACUUUCUAUGUACCAUUUGAUUUUGAUAGAAACUAGAAAACAUUUUGUCAUAUUUUAUGAUUUUUUAUGAUUUUGGUUCAACUUUUUAUUGUUAUUAACAAAUUUUCCUAAUCAUAGUGUGUCAGUUGUCUAUGACCCCCAAAUUCUAAAUUUUCCAUGGGACCUUUAAAUCAAAUAAGGACUUGGAUUUAUAUAAUUUAAAACUGGGACACUUAAAUACUUAAUAACAUAUAUCAUACUUACUACUGUAGUAUUUAUUACAUAUAGUCCUAUAUUUUUUAGGGGGCAUGCCCUGUAUUUUUGGCCUUGGCACAUGUGGUAUUUUCUAUGCACGAAAUGGUUAUCUUUGUGCCUAAUUUUUAAAAUGAAAUAUAAAAAAGUUGUAUAUGUAUUGCAACCAUGUUUGCUACUGUUUGAUUUGGCCAUUUUGUGUCACCUCAAAGAAAAGUGACAUAUUGUUAGAGCCUUUAACUUAUUUUGUGAUGUACAGUUGGCUUCAUUGGUCAGCCUCUUAAACAAUUUUCACAUUUUCAUACCAAUUUGCAGGUGGAGACAUUUGGCCUUGCUAUCGUUGAAUUUGCCUAAAAUGAUGCCAAAUGUACCAUGGUUACAGUAUUUCUUUGGUUUACAUCAAAAAUUUUCAAUUUGAAUAGGAUAUUGUUCAUAAGUAAAUAAAGAACUUAUUUACAAAC